CGGGACAGGCCCAGCAGCCUGGCCGCACCUGCCGGCGGGGACAAAGGCGAACCAGGGCCCAGAAACUCCCCGCUUUGCUCUUUCUCGCCCGUCGCGGGGCGGCUACCAAGCUGUCAACGUUUCCUUUAGUCCCCAGAACUCGUGACAGCUUGCCAGCACUUGGUGUCACAUGUGAGCCUCCCACAUGUGUUCACUCUGCAUCCCAGCUCUGUGAUUGAACUCUGCUCUUACUGACUGGGGGGCACUUGGGCAGGCAUGCUUCAUUCCUGGGAUUGACAGUCAUUUCAUUUCUGAAUAAACUAACUGAAUAAGCACUUACAGAGCCCUACCUUCUCUCCCUGGCUUCACUUGGCCUUCAGACAUAAUGAGGAGAUUGGCUUUUCGAGGCGCUGGUUGUGCUCUGGUAAAGCUGAAGAAAUUGGAUUCCAUGGGUUCUAAGAGAAGAAGAGCUACCUCCCCUUCCAGCAGUGUCAGUGGAGACUUUGAUGACGGGCACCAUUCUGUGCCCACACCAGGCCCAAGCAGGAAAAGGAGAAGACUGUCUAAUCUUCCCACUGUAGACCCUAUUGCUGUGUGCCAUGAACUCUAUAACACCAUCCGAGACUAUAAGGAUGAGCAGGGCCGACUCCUCUGUGAGCUGUUCAUUAGGGCACCAAAGCGGAGAAAUCAGCCAGACUAUUAUGAAGUGGUUUCUCAGCCCAUUGACUUGAUGAAAAUCCAACAGAAACUCAAAAUGGAAGAGUAUGACGACGUGAAUGCACUGACUGCUGACUUCCAGCUGCUUUUUAACAAUGCAAAAGCUUAUUACAAGCCAGACUCCCCUGAAUAUAAAGCUGCCUGUAAACUCUGGGAUUUGUACCUUCGAACAAGAAAUGAGUUUGUUCAAAAAGGAGAAGCAGAUGAUGAAGAUGAUGAUGAAGACGGGCAAGACAAUCAAGGAACAGUGACUGAAGGCUCUUCUCCAAGUUACCUGAAGGAGAUCCUGGAGCAGCUUCUUGAAGCCAUAGUUGUAGCCACAAAUCCUUCAGGACGGCUCAUCAGUGAACUUUUUCAGAAACUGCCUUCCAAAGUGCAAUAUCCAGACUAUUAUGCAAUAAUUAAGGAGCCUAUAGACCUCAAGACCAUUGCUCAGAGGAUACAGAAUGGAAGCUACAAAAGUAUUCACGCAAUGGCCAAAGAUAUAGAUCUUCUAGCAAAAAAUGCCAAAACUUAUAAUGAGCCUGGUUCUCAAGUAUUUAAGGAUGCCAAUUCAAUUAAAAAAAUAUUUUAUAUGAAAAAGGCAGAAGUUGAACAUCAUGAAAUGGCUAAAUCAAGUCUUCGAAUAAGGACUGCAUCAAAUUUGGCUGCAGCCAGGCUGACAGGUUCUUCGCACAGUAAAAGCAGCCUUGGUGAAGAAAGAAAUCCCACUAGCAAGUAUUACCGUAAUAAAAGAGCAGUCCAAGGGGGUCGCUUGUCAGCAAUUACCAUGGCACUUCAGUAUGGCUCAGAAAGUGAAGAGGAUGCUGCUUUAGCUGCUGCACGUUAUGAAGAAGGGGAAUCUGAAGCAGAGAGCAUCACAUCCUUUAUGGAUGUCUCAAAUCCUUUCCAUCAGCUUUAUGACACAGUUAGGAGCUGCCGGAAUAACCAAGGGCAGCUAAUAGCUGAACCUUUUUUCCAUUUGCCUUCAAAGAAAAAAUACCCAGAUUAUUAUCAGCAAAUUAAAAUGCCCAUAUCACUUCAGCAGAUCAGAACAAAGCUAAAGAACCAAGAAUAUGAAACUUUAGAUCAUUUGGAGUGCGAUCUGAAUUUAAUGUUUGAAAAUGCCAAACGCUAUAAUGUUCCCAAUUCAGCCAUCUAUAAGCGAGUUCUAAAAUUGCAGCAAGUCAUGCAGGCAAAGAAGAAAGAGCUUGCCAGGAGAGAUGACAUUGAGGAUGGAGACAGCAUGAUCUCUUCAGCCACUUCUGAUACUGGUAGUGCCAAAAGAAAAAGGAAUACUCAUGACAGUGAAAUGUUGUGUCUCAGGAGGCUAUCCAGUAAAAAGAACAUAAGAAAACAGCGAAUGAAAAUUUUAUUCAAUGUUGUUCUUGAAGCUCGAGAGCCAGGGUCAGGCAGAAGACUUUGUGAUCUAUUUAUGGUUAAGCCAUCCAAGAAGGACUAUCCUGACUACUAUAAAAUCAUCUUAGAGCCAAUGGACCUGAAAAUAAUUGAGCAUAACAUCCGAAACGACAAAUAUGCAGGUGAAGAAGGGAUGAUGGAAGACAUGAAACUCAUGUUCCGCAAUGCCAGGCACUACAAUGAGGAGGGCUCCCAGGUAUACAAUGAUGCCCAUAUCCUGGAGAAGUUACUUAAAGAUAAAAGGAAAGAGCUAGGACCACUACCCGAUGAUGACGACAUGGCUUCUCCCAAACUGAAGCUGAGUAGAAAGAGUGGUGUUUCUCCUAAGAAGUCAAAGUACAUGACCCCAAUGCAGCAGAGACUAAAUGAAGUGUACGAAGCGGUAAAGAACUACACCGACAAGAGGGGUCGCCGCCUGAGUGCUAUAUUCCUGAGACUCCCCUCGAGGUCAGAGCUGCCUGACUACUAUCUGACCAUUAAAAAGCCCAUGGACAUGGAAAAAAUUCGAAGUCACAUGAUGGCAAACAAGUACCAAGAUAUAGAUUCUAUGGUAGAGGACUUUGUCAUGAUGUUUAAUAACGCCUGUACCUACAAUGAACCAGAGUCUUUGAUCUACAAAGAUGCCCUUGUCCUACAUAAAGUCCUCCUCGAAACUCGGAGAGACCUGGAGGGAGAUGAGGAUUCUCAUGUCCCAAAUGUGACUUUGCUGAUCCAAGAACUUAUCCAUAAUCUUUUUGUGUCAGUCAUGAGUCAUCAGGAUGAUGAAGGAAGAUGUUACAGUGACUCCUUAGCAGAAAUUCCUGCUGUGGAUCCAAACUUUCCCAACAAACCUCCCCUGACAUUUGACAUUAUUAGGAAGAAUGUUGAAAGUAAUCGCUAUCGGCGACUUGAUCUAUUUCAGGAGCAUAUGUUUGAAGUAUUGGAAAGGGCAAGGAGGAUGAAUCGGACAGAUUCCGAAAUAUAUGAGGAUGCAGUAGAACUUCAGCAGUUUUUUAUUAGAAUUCGUGAUGAACUCUGCAAAAAUGGAGAGAUCCUUCUUUCUCCAGCACUCAGCUAUACCACCAAACAUUUGCAUAAUGAUGUGGAAAAAGAAAAAAAGGAAAAGUUACCUAAAGAAAUAGAAGAAGAUAAACUAAAACGGGAAGAAGAAAAAAGAGAAGCUGAAAAAAGUGAAGACUCCUCAGGUACUGCAGGCCUGUCAGGCUUACAUCGUACAUACAGCCAGGACUGCAGCUUUAAGAACAGCAUGUAUCAUGUUGGAGAUUAUGUCUAUGUUGAACCUGCAGAGGCCAAUCUACAACCACACAUCGUCUGUAUUGAGAGACUGUGGGAGGAUUCAGCUGGUGAAAAAUGGUUGUAUGGCUGUUGGUUUUAUCGGCCAAAUGAAACAUUCCAUUUGGCUACACGAAAAUUUCUAGAAAAAGAAGUUUUUAAAAGUGACUACUACAAUAAAGUUCCUGUUAGUAAAAUUCUAGGCAAAUGUGUAGUCAUGUUUGUCAAGGAAUACUUCAAAUUAUGCCCAGAAAACUUUCGAGAUGAGGAUGUUUUUGUCUGUGAAUCGAGAUAUUCUGCCAAAACCAAGUCUUUUAAGAAAAUUAAACUCUGGACAAUGCCCAUCAGCUCAGUUAGGUUUGUCCCUCGAGAUGUGCCCUUGCCUGUGGUCCGAGUGGCCUCUGUAUUUGCAAAUGCAGAUAAAGGGGAUGAUGCGAAGAACACAGACAACUCAGAGGACAGUCGAGCUGAAGACAGUUUUAACUUGGAAAAGGAGAAAGAAGAUGUUCCUGUGGAGAUGUCCAAUGGUGAACCAGGUUGCCACUACUUUGAGCAGCUUCAUUACAAUGACAUGUGGCUGAAGGUUGGCGACUGUGUCUUCAUCAAGUCCCAUGGCUUGGUGCGCCCUCGAGUGGGCAGAAUUGAAAAAGUAUGGGUCCGAGAUGGAGCUGCAUAUUUUUAUGGCCCCAUCUUCAUUCACCCAGAAGAAACAGAACAUGAACCCACAAAAAUGUUCUACAAAAAAGAAGUGUUUCUGAGCAAUCUGGAAGAAACCUGCCCCAUGAGUUGUAUUCUAGGAAAAUGUGCUGUGUUGUCAUUCAAGGACUUCCUCUCCUGCAGGCCAACUGAAAUACCAGAAAAUGACAUUCUGCUUUGUGAGAGUCGCUAUAAUGAGAGUGACAAGCAGAUGAAGAAAUUCAAGGGGUUGAAGAGGUUUUCACUAUCUGCUAAAGUUGUAGAUGAUGAAAUUUAUUACUUCAGAAAACCGAUCAUUCCUCAGAAGGAGCCCUCACCUUUGUUGGAAAAGAAGAUACAAUUGCUAGAAGCUAAAUUUGCGGAAUUGGAAGGUGGAGAUGAUGAUAUUGAAGAGAUGGGAGAAGAGGAUAGUGAGGUCAUUGAACCUCCAUCUCUACCUCAGCUUCAAACACCCCUGGCCAGUGAGCUGGAGCUCAUGCCCUACACACCCCCACAGCUUUCUGUCUUACAGUCUACCCCAAAGUCUGCCAAAGGCAGUGCAAAAAAGGAAGGUUCUAAACGAAAAAUCAACAUGAGUGGCUACAUUCUGUUCAGCAGUGAAAUGAGAGCUGUGAUUAAAGCCCAGCACCCAGACUACUCUUUUGGGGAACUCAGCAGACUGGUGGGGACAGAAUGGCGAAACCUUGAGACAGCCAAGAAAGCAGAGUAUGAAGAGCGGGCAGCUAAAGUUGCUGAGCAGCAGGAGAGAGAGCGAGCAGCACAGCAACAGCAGCCGAGUGCUUCUCCCCGAGCAGGCACCCCUGUGGGGGCUCUCAUGGGGGUGGUGCCACCACCAACACCAAUGGGGAUGCUCAAUCAGCAGUUGACACCUGUUGCAGGCAUGAUGGGUGGCUAUCCGCCAGGCCUUCCACCUUUGCAGGGCCCAGUUGAUGGCCUUGUUAGCAUGGGCAGCAUGCAGCCACUUCACCCUGGGGGGCCUCCACCUCACCAUCUUCCGCCAGGUGUGCCUGGCCUCCCAGGCAUCCCACCACCGGGUGUGAUGAAUCAAGGAGUAGCCCCCAUGGUAGGGACUACAGCACCAGGUGGAAGUCCAUACGGACAACAGGUAGGAGUUUUGGGACCUCCAGGGCAGCAGGCACCGCCUCCAUAUCCUGGUCCUCAUCCAACUGGCCCCCCUGUCAUACAGCAGCCAACAACACCCAUGUUUGUGGCUCCCCCACCAAAGACCCAAAGGCUUCUUCACUCAGAGGCCUACCUGAAAUACAUUGAAGGACUCAGUGCUGAAUCCAACAGCAUUAGCAAGUGGGACCAAACUCUGGCAGCUCGAAGACGGGAUGUCCAUUUGUCAAAAGAACAGGAAAGCCGCCUACCUUCUCACUGGCUCAAAAGUAAAGGGGCACACACCACCAUGGCAGACGCUCUCUGGCGCCUGCGGGAUUUAAUGCUUCGAGACACUCUAAACAUUCGACAAGCAUACAACCUAGAAAAUGUUUAAUCACAUCACUGUGUUUCUUCUUUAGAAGCGAAGAGUUGUGGAAUGGUAGCCAUUUUAGUUACUGGGGGGUGGGAGGGAGGAACAAAGGAUGAUGUUUUUAUUGCAUUUUACUGUACAUCACAAGGCCAUUUUUAUAUAAGGACACUUUUAAUAAGCUAUUUCAAUUUGGUUUUGUUAUAUUAAGUUGACUCUCAAAUACACAAAGUUUUUUUUGCAUAUGUUUCCUUUGUUUAAAACCAGUUUCAUAAUUGGUUAUAUAUAGUCAUAGUUCUAUCUUUACUUGUUAAGGGACUUAAAUCAUCAAAGGUUUUGGCGUGGGGCUUUGGUUUCCUUUUUUAUAAAUAUAUAUAUUAUAUUACAUAUAUAUAUAUACACUAUACACACACACACGAAAAAAAAUGAAAAGCGUUUACAAAUAUAAGUUGACAAUGAAAUGUGAAGUUGGUCCUAGUUUACAUCUUAGAGGAAUGUAUAUGUAUGUUUCACAUGCCUGAAUAUCUGCAGGUUUUCCUACAGGUAAACUGAAGUGCUUUGAUGUAUGACAGACGAGACACAUUUGCUGUGUUAACAGAGGCUUACAAUAGAAAUCUAAGUCAAUGCUACGUAUCCAUCCACAGCUAGUGUAACUGAAAGAAAAAUUAGCUCUGUGGUGAGCUAGAUAUCUGUAUUGUCAUUGGUUUCCACACACCAUGUACUCAGAUUCGAGUUAGACUUAGUUUUGGAAGGUAAGUUUAAAGGUACUUCUGACUUGUUUAUGAUUCAGUUUAUGCCCUCAUGUUAGAGUUACAUGAUUUGAAACUUUACAUCUGUUAGCUUGAAAACAUUGAAGAAAGUGCUCAAGUAUGCAUGAAGAUGGUUUCUUUGAAGCGUAAUACCUAACCUAAGAGAAUGUGACAGACACAAGCUGUGUCUUCUGUGCAAGGGUGGACUGCCUACAUACACAGAUGUUUUGGAUUCUUUGUUUCCUUGUUACCAGUUGUGGGUUUUGUUUGU